AUGACAGAUGGUUUUGCCGAAGAUGAGGGUCCAGGCUGUCAGGAAGCGGAGGAAGUUAGCGACGCAUUGUUCAGCGUCGCCUCGGAUGCUGCGGCUUCGGGUGUUCCCCGGGUCCUGUGCUGCGAGGCCGACGGUUCUCUUCCGGAGGACAUCUAUUCCUUCCUUGGGGGAAGGACGGGUGCUGGCUGGUUCGUGGGAUUUUUGAGUCAUUCGGAUACCGGGAUGGCGAUGCCUUUCGUGCAGGAGAGCUUCCUCGCAACACAUGCUAUGCAGGACGAGCAGCCGCAGUGGCUCGAUUCCAUAGCUGAGAAGCUAUUUGAUCCGUUUGCAUUGACUGACAAUGCACUUCUUUGCACGAGCGAGCCGCUGAAGCAGUGCUUGGACCGGGUGGAUGAAUGCUUGUACCGUAAAUCAAGAGAUGCAGGCCAGCCUGGCACAAGCACAAGCCACUUGAUCCUGGAGCUGACCGCGGCCCACGCUAACGAAAUGGGGGCGCUGACGGUGGUUUUCCUGGCCUCGCUGGCCUCCGCCGGCUUGCCCAGGACUGCCCAGGCACCUGAGCCCUUGCGCCGACAUGCCGAGAGUUUGAGACAGAUUUCCAUGGUUAUCAACCGCCCAAGAACGGGCUUUGGCUUGACAUCAGUUACAGGUUCCAGCCUAGAUCCUGGAGCCACCCUGCUGCUCCUGACGCCAAAACCUGCGGCAUCGAUGCACGAGUCCCUGGCAGCGAACAUCGCUGCUAGGUGUCUCAAGUUGCAAGAGGAAGCAGCUGCCACGAAACCCGAAGGAGGCCCGGGCAUCACCAUCAGCCCGGCCCUGGCAGUGUACAAGCAGUGGCUUGGCAAAGGCCAUGCAGAAAGGAUAGGCAGUCCCGACUUCAACGGGCCCUCUGCAUCGCAUCGUAUCACAAACCCCUGCGACACCACGGGCGAUAGAGACCUCAAUGUGGCAAAGGUGGAUACCUGGAUAAAGGAUGCACAGAAAAAUGGCCGUAGCGAGGCCGAGAAGGUGUCCGACUUGACCAAGAUGGUCGGGCAGAUGCAAGCCCUAAUUCGUACCAUGGCAGGCCAUUUGAAGGUGUCUGCCACGCCAAUUAGUAGCAGCUUUCGACAACGUGUCGACGCAUCGAGCGUGGAUGCCACAUCGCCCCGGGUGGCACUCAACAGCCCCUAUGCCACACCAUCUCGGCAGAUUCACAACAUGCCGCUUCAUGCGCUGGCUUCCACUGGCAAUUUGGCUGCGUGCUCUCCGAGACACCCGCAGUCACUGAGCCCCUUGGAUGCAGAAGAGCACGCCUCUCCAUUGACGCGCAGCUGCUCUGCAAACUACCCUGUAGGCUCUGUUUUGUCGCACAAGGGCAGCGGCCUUCUGAGCAUCGUGGGCGAGGUCCAGUCGCCUGUUGCGAUCAAGAGGGACCUGUCUCCUGCGGAGGCAGUCGCUGGCACCGCAGAACCGCAGCUCCGCGCCCUACUGGAUGAGUCCGUGGCAGUCUGCUGCGGUCCUGCAGCAGCCACUGCAACAGCCGGCACCAGACGCCUGGAUGAAGAAGGGGUGUCCGUUUCAGCGGAAAGCCACGUUCUGCAUUCGCCGAGGACUUGCGCUCAGCAGCAAAGUGUGAUUCUUCGCUGGGGGUGUGUUCGAGACUUCUGGCCCAGUUCCACUAUAGACCUGCAGCGCACUGUCCCAUAA